AUGAGUGCACUUUUCAAUUUUCAAAGUUUACUCUCCGUGAUACUACUUUUAAUAUGCACAUGUGCCUACUUGAGGUCAUUUUUCCCGAGUCUAAUGGAUCGUAACAAAACUGGAUUCCUCGGCACUUUCUGGAAAUGUGCUAGAAUUGGUGAAAGAAAAUCUCCAUAUGUGGCAACCUGCUGUAUUAUAAUGGCCUUCACUAUACUGUUCCUGACAUAA